GGCGAGAAAGGUAAAAAAUGAUUCGCCGUCAUCAUCUCGGUGCGCGUUUCGAAAAUUGUUGCGAUAUCGUCACGGAGGGGAUCACACAUCGUGAAGUGCUCGCGAAUAAAGACGAUUUUUGCGGGUGAAAACGUGCAUUAAAGUGGUCGAAAGUUGUCGCGCUAGCUAGCGACAAUCGUGUACUUACCGGGCGAAGUAUUUUCCGGUUGCGAACGGUUCGGGAAAGUGGAUAAAAGUGCGAUUUUUUUUCCCGUAGUCCUCCAUUAGCGAAGGAGUUUUUCUGCUGACAUUUUUUCCGCUCAUCUUACACUCUGGGGGGAGAGUGAGUGCUGUGGUACCGAUACUUAACGCUCUCAUCCGAUGAGGGUGUAUUGGUUGUGUUUGUGUGCGCAUAGUUUGCAAUAGUAGCAGUAGUCGCUGUUUAGCGCGCGUCGCGCUUUCUGCGUCGCGUGAUAGUGUGUACGUGUGAAUCCGUUUGUUUGCGCCGAGUGUUGCAAUCGCGCUCCGGUUCGCGUUUCAUUCAAAAAACUGCAUACAGCCUGGCUGUUUGGUAAUUUGAGAUAGUGUUGGUGUUUUUUCCUCGCCGAUCGCGGGGUAAUAUUUGGUGAUAGUGUUGGUUAUCGUCCCCCUUCAUCUCUUCGGCCCAAGUUGGUUAAGCAGAAGAAGAGAGGAGGAAGGGUGAGCGCAGCAAAUCAUUGCUCAUCUUACUAUAAAUAAAAUCGCUAAAAAAUAAAGCGCGGUCGUCGUGAACAGUCGUAAACGGUCGUAAAUGUUCGUAUUCUUGACGUAAACACAAACAUAGUGAGAGAGUGAGCAGUGAGCAGCUGCGAUGCGUUUUUUGUGUGAGAGAGUGUGUGCGUCUGCGUUGUUGCGAGAGUCUGUUUGAGUGCAACAGCAAAGCUAUUCCAAUGACUUUGCGGUAAACUUAUUAAAACAUAGAAUUGGGCCGCUAGUCAAUCGAAAAAGUGGUCCCGUUUUCCCUUUGUCCUUUGUUUCUACCCGCGUGUGAGUGCUCGCUGACGGAAUCAUCCCUUUGAGUUUUUCCGAAUAAAACAGUUAAUUGAUUGUCUAAAACGUGAAGAAAAUCGAGAGAAAAAAGAUUGUUUUUCUUCUGGCUGAGUGCGGAUUUUGUGUUUGAGAAAGACAUAUCACAGAAACGAAUGAAUUUUCCCGUGUUUCGCUGAUGACGCACAUCAAGGUAGAGUUCCUGCAAGUUCCAUAGCAGCGUGGCGCUGCCAAACACUAGUGCUUCUCGCGUCUGCAAUUAAUAUUGGCCACGGGAACGAAGAUACGCUGGUGGAACUCGGCAGCCACGAUGUCGGUGCAGCAGUACUGUCUACGUUGGAACAAUCACCAGCCAAACUUCAUCUCCGUGUUUUCUUCCUUGCUGCACAGUGAAAGCCUCGUAGACGUCACACUGGCCGCCGAGGGCCGACAGCUGCAGGCCCACAAAGUGGUACUAUCAGCGUGUAGUUCCUAUUUUCAGUCCUUGUUCACUGCGAACCCCUGCCAGCAUCCGAUCGUGAUACUCAAGGACGUGCAGUACAAUGACCUCAAGACGAUGGUAGAUUUCAUGUACUACGGGGAGGUGAAUGUCUCUACCGAACAGCUACCCCAGGUGCUAAAAACGGCAGAAAUGCUAAAGAUCAAAGGCCUUGCGGAAAUGCCGGACGCUUCCGCAGUUUGUAAGGCCGAUCCCGGAAAACUUGAACACCCGGAUCUAGUGGGCGCCGGCCUGGGUCCGGGUGGAACGGGCGCCCCGGACUCGAUAUGGGGAAGCGCAGAAUCUCAGCAGCAGCAGGCAGUCGCCCAGCAGCAGCAAACCCAGCAGCAGCAGUACCAUCAGCAGUUACAGGCUCAGCAGCCCCAGCUUCGAAGGACACCUUCCCCCACCACCAACAUGUCACCGGCGGCGCGACGGAAGCGACUGAGGAAAACCUCCACAGGUUCGGGGUCUCUCUCUACCGACCGCAUUCAACAGCAGCAACAGCAGCAGCAUCAUCACCAGCAGCAGCAACAGCAACAGCAGGAUGAGCACGGUACCAAUGCGGAUGGUACGAUAAAUAUCGUACCCCAUCUACAUAUACAGCAACAGGUUGAUAACAUAUCGUACAGCACUAGUCAUAGUGCGCUGGCGUCACUCGCUGGGGCAGCGGGAGGAGCUGGAAAUAACAUCCGGAUAAUCAAGGAGAGUCCCAGUUCCGAUGUUGACCAGCAGCAGCAUGAGUCAUCGCAGGAGAGUGUGGACGAAACAGGGCACCAUAUUCCAAGUAUCAUCAAAACAGAAGAUCUGAGUGGUGUGACGCAAACGAUACCGAUGGAUAUUUCCGCGACUUCUACAAGUGUGGCAGCAGUUAACAUACCCCAGUCACAAUCUCAACACAGUGUUGCAGAAAUGGCAAAGCUCGCACUGGGGCUGAGUUUAGGACAGUCAAGCUCAAGUGGGACAUCGAGCAUGUCCACUAGUCUCGAAUCGUCCUUCACGGUCAGUACGCAUCCUGCGGCGAAACGUGGCCGACUGCUGAUUCGACAGCAGAGAAUAAAAAAGGAAAGUGAUUCGUCAUCGUCCGGUCAGCAGUAUGGUUCCGAUUUGGAUACCCCCGAUGGCACAACAAUAUAUGCCCAAAAUUUGCUCACUGUUCCCACACACCAUCGUUUCGAGCGACAGGUUUCCGAGCCGAUCAUACCGACAUCGUCGAAUGUGAUUUCGCACGAAGGACGAACACCAGGUGGAGAUCGGUCGCAUACGGGUCAUCUGCUUUCCGUGCCAUCCCAGCAAGCAUAUCUCGUGAAGCAACACUCCCACCCGCUGUUGCUCAGUCAAACGUCCAGCUCGCUAGGAACGCACCAAACGUUCCAGGCGAUAUCAUCGUACUCAUUGCAACGACAGCUCUCUCAUCCGUCGACUACUGCACAAAGUUCGACUCCAUUAACACUGGUCACUAGCAGCAGCGGUGCGACGCAUUACUUAACGCCGUCCUCCUCGUUGAAGGCGGAUUCGGACGAAGAAGCCACGUCCGCCACAACAAUUCCACAGAUCCAUCUUCAGACCGACCGCACGAUGAGCCCAACGGUGGUUAUUGUUCCUGAUGUGGAGUCGGGUCAGCAGCAGCAACAGCACCAUGUCACGUCGGGCGCUUCCUGCUUACCUGCAAGUACAAGUGCCAGCAGCAACAAUUUCACCACAGCAACCACCAGCACUACCAAUUCAUCGUCAACGUUAUUAACCGACCUGACAACGCCCAGUUCGAUUCGAGUUAAGAGUGAUGAACUCUCACGGUCUGCCUCGUCGCCUCUGACAUGUUCCAGAUCGGCGGAUUUUUUGUCAUUGGAAAGCCAACGCUCAAGUCACUGUCCAGUGGUGCGGGAAGGACCCGCGCUCGGCUGCAAUUUUUGUUGGAACACAAUCGACGCCCACGGACGCAUUCUGCGACGCAAAACCAAGUACCACUGCCCCGAGUGCCAGACAAACUUGUGCAUCGUACCCUGCUUCCAGGAGUACCACGAGCGGCAAUCGGCAGAGAAUCCAACCCCCACCAGCAGUGACGCUACCAGCGGAGGAGCCAGUGGGAGUGGUAGUAGCAAAUCUGGGCUGAGGAAUUAUCCCAAGUCGGGAUCGAUGUAAAGGUGUUUUGUGUUUUGGAGGUAGCGUUAUUCCGUUCGGGCCUGCGCUACAUAUUGUGUCAAUCUCUGUUUUUACAAUAAUAUUAGUAUUUGGAAAAAGAGUCAAAAGAAGGAGAAAACAGCAGAACAAACUGGAUCGCUCCCCCGAUCAUCGGAUUGCGGUGAUCGUUACUUUUUGUCGGUGGAGUGACCGUUGAUUUUUGUCCAUGUCCUGCGGACAGGUUUAUCGUUGGUAUAACAAUUUUUUAGGUGUAAAUUUGAUGAAACAGAAGAACUACGAUAGCCAAAUGAGCGACGUCUAAAUAAGCCUUAAUUAUUCACUGCUUCUGUGAGGAUCGAAAACGGGGAAACUAAUUGAUAAUUUGAGGGAGAAACAUAGAUAGAAACCAAUAACGAAUCGAAUUGGAAUAUUUCUCAAUAAGUGUGUAAUAAGUUAUAUUUACGCAAUGAUAUAUUCAUGGGUACAAAUAAUGUACUGUUUUUGUUGAUUAUUCAUUUUAAUUUUGAAGUUAUUUUUUGGUAAUAUUUUUCGGUUUAGAUAUUAUAAAAUAUAUUUCUGUUAUUAUAUAUUUUGUACACUGCGUUGGAUACUGUAAAUUAUGGAAGAUGAAAUUCUUUGGCGCAGAGGCCAAUUGUGCUUCUUGGGUUGCCAGAGACCAUAUUCUUUGUACUCUUUUUAUCGUACUUUUAUUGAUAAUUGAAUUUGUAUUAUUCCAACCAAUUGUUAAUCGAGCAUUAAAACAUUUAAGCUUCUUCGUUAUAUUUUGAAACACAGUAGUACCAUUUCAAGUUGCUACAGGGAAAAACAAUCAUUCGUGCUCAGUUAAAUAAACUGUUAUUUGUUUAACCCUGAACAUGCUUGUACAUGUUUCCAAACGGCUGGAGCUAGGAAUGGAUUGGUAACCGUUGUUCGUACUUGAAUGGGUUUUGUAAAGCUUGGGAAUGAUUUAAAUUAAGUUAGAAGAGUCGGUUGUUUUCAUAGAAAUAUAUGACACAUUACGCAGCUCUGAUGCAAAUGUUGUAGCAUUAGGUGUAAAUCAUCAUUGGAUAGAAAAAAGACUCAGAUACAGACAAUCACCACGAUUCGACAUUUCGAUCGACUUGCUAAAAAUCCAUUCUUUAGCCCGUUCGAGUUGUUUUUACAUUUCAAUCGAUCUGUUUCUUCUCGAUCAUUAAAUGGCAAACACAUUCCUAAGUGUGCGAAAUUAUAACUCGAUCGAAAUACCACUUUCGAACGAAAUGGAAAUCCGUCGAAAUACUGAAUAGUGCUGGAUACUUCACUGAAAUACAGACUAUGUAUGGCUAGGUUCAACUCAGUUUUCAGGAAAAAAUCAAAGCGAAAUUCGCGUGGGUGGAUAUAUAUUUGUUUCAGAGUAUUUCGCCAUUUUUCUUGAAGUUGCCAGAAGGUGCUAGAUUUGUUGUCGAAAAAACUGCUCAAAGUGCUACGUUCUGUGUCGUCCAAAUACACUGAUGGGCGCAAAAAAUCCGCCCCCAUUUGAAAUCAGAGUGAUUCUAUAUUGAAAGUAUUUUCAAACUUUUCGGUAUUCCAGUAAAUAGUACGUAAAAAUAAAUGACUUUUGUUUCUAAAUGGAUACUUUUAGGGGAAAGGACCAGAUUCAACCUUUCUUUGAUUGCCCAAAUGAUCGUUCGUGAUUUUUUUUACAUCCCGGAUAAUUAGCGUGUCCGUUCCUUCAUCAGCCUUACGUAUCGGUUCUCUUUCCGAUCAAUCGACUACGUUGCCGAGCAUCUGAUGCUUUCGAAUGACCAGCUAAACCGCACCACGACUUACCCCAUGCUUCCCAGCAAUGUUUCGUUGAGAUUUCUUAGGCUGGAAGUCACGCACAAUCAAAUUUCGGACCUGUUUUGAGAUUUACUUUCCACCCUCAGCGUCAAAAACACAUCACUACGCACCAAAAGUUGACUAAACAGCUACGAAAAUUAUGAUGUCAGAUGUAAACAACCGGCUAUCAGAACGGAGGAGUGAUUCGAUGAGCAAAACACGAUGAAGCAAAUUUUGAUUGUGGAUUUUUUCUAUGGUAUCUAUUUAGGAACAAAAGUAUUUUUUUGUUUUUCCUAAAAAUGAACCAACGAUACACUAACGUUCCUAGAGGACCUUCGACGUCUCAACGUGGUAACACUUGUGUUUAGUUGAGAUUUCUAUGUCAAAUAACACGCCUUGAAUGCGGUCUGAGCGGCAAGCUCUGGAAUACGCGUGACCGAACCUAGAUUUGUGGCGCUGUUGAAGUGCUGCAAAAAGAUUCAAAGGAUUUACAUUUCUACGUUGUCGUAACAAGGAUAAUUUUGGAUUCAUGAGGAUUCAAGGAUUCACUUCAUGAAUGAUCUACGGGGGAAAUCAACAACCGGUCGGAACACAGCGACAAAAAAAACAAUUUCGUCUGCCAGAUUAACGAGGAAAAGAGGAACCAACCAACAUUGUGGUUACGGAUAUGCUGACGAAACCGUUGGUCAACCAUCAAACUUUCGAGGUUCUGAGAAUCGGCUGGAGUUCAUCCGUUAAGGAGGAUUUUUUGCAAUCGAAGUGACUCCAACAAGCCAUGAUUCGCUUGAAUGAAAUUAAAUUUUCAUGAUCAAUCGGCCUUCAAACAAUCAAGUUGUGGCACUUGUUUGUCGGUUCGACCUACCGGCCACUAUUCAUAGUUUCCAUGGUAUGAUUCCAACCUGAUAUCCAUAUCCUAGGCAUUUUCAGCCUAGAAACCUAAUAAUCUUAGAAUGUGUUGUGUAGAGUUUGUAAAAUAUUUCUGUUAAAAAAACAAAUUUCAUCAUGAAAUCAUGAUUUUUUUUAUGAAUGGUGAUGACAAUUGAGGGGUUCGAAAGGAAAGGGGUGUAAGUGACUUGAUCGAUUUCUCUUAAUCAUUAUUUAUUUAUUUGCUAACAGAUAUAAUAAUUAUCCCAAUGACAUGAACAUUACGACACUACACAUAUUAAUUGAAACUCUACGGAAACAACUCUUAUUUCUACAACGUGAAACAUUAAAGUCAAACACAUCGUAGUAUCUGUUGAAGACACGGCACAUCCUUCGCAUGGGCUCGUUAAAUCCAUAAUUUGUUCGCGAGGGAUGGACGCAUAAGCAAACAUGUGUGCGUAAAUUGCGGCGGCGGAUGUUCAUUCGUUACUGAAAACACUGCUGAACUGUUUACGAAAUAAUUCUGCAAUAUCUGGAAUGGUGGUAGCGUUCCCUCAACCAUGACUAACGGUGUAGCCCUGUUUCCUUUCUUUGAGUAUUCACGUGUUGCCAGAACCUCUUAGGGUUGGAUUUUAGACGCUUGAUGUAGUUGAUCGUUUAAUCGUCUUUAGUCUGAAUUAGCCUUGGAAUAACGCGCCUUCGUAGAUUCGGUAUGAAGUUUGGCAUGUUCCCGAAGCGCUGUCCUUUUCCGUUUCUUCAAGCGCUUAAGCUCCGAGUUCGACCAUGCAGGUUUAAGAGGUACACGGUUAGUUCGCUUAGGUACAAAUUGAUCAAUGGCAUAGAUCAUGAUGCACGAUACCGUUGAUGUCCCGUCGUUGACGUCGCGAUAGGCCAGUUCUUCAUCCCAAUUAACGUUUGAGAGGAAAUUGUUCAUCUCGUCGAAGUUGGCUUUGUUAAAGUUGUAGUGUAUGCUCUCUGUCGUAUCUUUGUAAUCACGUUGUACGCAAAUAUCAAUGCAGACCAGCAACGGGGGAUGAUGUAUGCAACUUUUUACUAGCGGAGCAGGAGCUAGCAUUACGGAGCAGUUGGAACACAUUUCCUCACUCACAAAGCAGAGGUCAAGCAUGCGGUUGUUACGAUUCAUAACUCCGCUCUUUUAUCCGAGUCUUAAAGUGCGAUAAGCGUCCAACAGAUUACGGGAUGCGAAUCCAGUCGAUGAGUCAGAUGUAGGGAAAUAAAAAUCAUGGGUGUUCUGCUCCUAUCUUACAUCACGUAAGUUGAAAUCUCCAAGGAUUGUCAAACUGUCCUUCGUGCCCAUAAAAGAGCUAAUCCAGUCGAGCGACAACAAGUGCUUUUCGAUAAGAGUGUUGUCGUUUACACGAUUCGGAGGAAUAUAUACCACACAGAUGAAGAGUGUUGAGUCGCCCGCAUUGAUCGACACCCACAAUUGCUCAACCGUCAGGAUUUCGGGAGGGGAUUAUAGCGAGAACGAAUAGCCAGCAAGACUCCGCCACCAGAACUUUUGUUGCUGUUGGAGGGUGAUCGAUCUUGUCGGAAAACGGCGUAAUUACAAUCGAAGAGCUGGCUUGAAAUAGUGAUGUCAUUGAGCCAUGUUUCAGUAAACGCGUAGAUGUCGUAGCAGUCGUCGCUGCAAGCAGUCGCGUACUUCGCUAACGAGGUGUUAAUUCCGCCAAGGUUUUGAUAAUACAGGAGAACAGUUGAACCCUUGCGUUGGCAUCAGUCGUUGGGAAUAGAGACUCUGCCAAAGGCCUGUGGUAUUCCGCUGCAAUCGACGAAGGAUCAAGGGAAGGAGCGUCGUGAAUAAUAAGAUACUUGCCUGUCAACACCGUGUACACCCGUGACCGAGUGGUUAGCGUCUCACAUUAUGUAGUAUUGACGUGUUCUAGGCGUCUUAUUUGGCUUGAGAAAUCUCAACUAUGUAUUAAUUAAUGACGCUAGUUAAAGGGUGUGUCACAUCAAAUUGCAUCACGGAAAAAACGCUGUAGAAAUUCGCCCAGUAGACCGAUCCUUUUGAAAAUUUUAGACAGUAAAAUAAAAACUAUUAAACAACUUUUGGCAUUUUCUUUUUAUUCAUACUUCGAGCCCAAGCCCGUAUGCUCGCACCUUCCUCUUUACCCCGUCCAUAAGGUUCUGUACAACGUCAGGUUGUAGUUUUUUUUUUUAACAGAAAUCCAUUUUCUCUUGAAGUCCGCCUCCGAUUUGACAACUUUUGGGUUCUUCCGGAGGGCCUGCUUCAUAAUCGCCCAAUAUUUCUCUAUUGGGCGAAGCUCCGGCGCGUUGGGCGGGUUCAUUUCCUUUGGCACGAAGGUGACCCCGUUGGCUUCGUACCACUCCAACACGUCCUUUGAAUAGUGGCACGAAGCGAGAUCCGGUCAGAAGAUGGUCGGGCCCUCGUGCUGCUUCAAUAGUGGUAGUAAGCGCUUCUGUAGGCACUCCUUAAGGUAAACCUGCCCGUUUACCGUGCCGGUCAUCACGAAGGGAGCGCUCCGCUUUCCGCAAGAGCAGAUCGCUUGCCACACCAUGUACUUUUUGGCAAACUUGAAUAGUUUCUGCUUGCGAAUCUCCUCCGGAACGCUGAAUUUGUUCUCUGCGGAGAAGAACAACAGGCCCGGCAGCUGACGAAAGUCCGCUUUGACGUAGGUUUCGUCGUCCAUUACCAGGCAAUGCGGCUUCGUCAGCAUUUCGGUGUACAGCUUCCGGGCUCGCGUCUUCCCCACCAUGUUUUGCCUUUCGUCGCGGUUAGGAGCCUUCUGAACCUUGUGUGUACGCAGGCCCUCCCGCUGCUUGGUCCGCAGGACGAAUGAACUUGACAAAUUCAGCUUAUUGGCGACAUCCCGGACCGAACUUCUCGGAUCACGUCUAAACUGCUUAACUGAGCGCUUGUGAUCUUUUUCACUGACGGAGCAUCCAUUUUUGCCGUUCUUCACCUUCCGGUCGAUGGUUAGGUUCUCGAAGUAUCGUUUUAGUACUCUGCUGACCGUUGAUUGGACGAUUCCCAGCAUCUUACCGAUGUCCCGAUGUGACAACUCCGGAUUCUCGAAAUGAGUGCACAGGAUUAAUUCACGACGCUCUUUUUCGUUCGACGACAUUUUUCCAUAUUUACGAAAAAUUGACAGUGAAGCAUGGCCAACGUGAUCUAUACACUCUUAUCUGAUUAUAAGCGAAAGCUGAAGAUAUAAUUCCUAAAAAUUAAAUUUCUACAGCGUUUUUUCCGUGAUGCAAUUUGAUUUGACACACCCUUUAAUGUAAAAGUUGAGACGGCAAAAGUUCCACAGGGAACGUUGAUGCCAUUCAAGAAGAAGAAGCCUGUCAACACAGGCUGGAAAAUCCUUUCACCAGCCUCGAUCGCAGGGCCAGGACGACUUCGAUGCAGAAACCAGCAAAUCGCUAGACUGGGUCGGGUGGAUCCAGGGUUUCCGAAGCACAGUACACAUUGCGUUCUGGUGUAUCCACAACCGUUCGCAGUGAGUUAGAAUAACUGGGUUCAGCUGGGGAGCUUGAGGAUCUUGCGUCGUCAGAAGGGCGUUGAUUUCGAAAGCAACACGGCAAACCCGUGGUCUAUAGCUUAACGUGGAGCUGCAAUUUUGAGAAGCAUCUGGGGCAGAACAGUCACCAAUACACGCGUACUUGCCUUGAAGUGCCGGCUGGGAGACCCCUUCCGAGCCUCUGUAAACAGGUCCAGGGCGACUGAGACGGCAGCAUGUAUGGUAUCGUGACUUUGACGAUGUUGAUGGCAUGACUGUUACGGGGUUAGAAGGGGUUCCUAAAGUGAUUUUUAGCAUGCGCCCUGGUGAAAAUGACGCCGAUGUUUCUAAGCAGCCUGUCUAAGGGCUCCGUUAUGAUAGAAUGUAGUUUUACCAUUCAAACAAAUAUUCGGAUCCGUCUUCAUUCAGGGAGACUACAAUGGGACCUGCUCAUGUGAAGGAGAUGACUGGAAUCAGAAUUUCACUCUCCGUUAUUAGAUCAAACUCCAGAAAUUGACUUUCAGCACGAAAUCGGCCUUAUCAGCACGGUUGCCAAAGAUACAUACCCCUAUUCUGUAUUUCAAUCGAUUCGAGAUAUUUCGAACGACUUGAUAAAAUUCCAUUCUGUACUUCGGAAUAGGAAAUGCGAAAUUAGAAUUCGAACGAAAUGAAAAUCCGUAGGAAUACAGAACAGGACUGACAGAUUAAUCGGUGCUUCUACGGAUUUUUUAGACAUUUUAAAACAAAUCACGCUUAACUUUUCAAUUGGACCUAUCUGUUUUGAUCGAUUCUGUUCAUCGACGUCCUCUAUUGUUAAUAACUCAGCGGUAAAAGCAUUUCCUGAUGUAUUCCACGAUUUGGACUCUAGAAGAGAACCUCGUUUAUCAAAGUACCUGAAAAUUUCGCAAAGUCCGUUUACAAGGCAGUUGUUAUCUAGAGAGGAAGUUAAUAAAGAGAAUCGAUCAAAACAGAAAGGUCCUAUUGAAAACUUAAUCGCGAAUCUUUCAGUGUAUGAACGGUAAAACCAACGAGGUGACAUCGCUUAUCUCUUCGAAUAUGCUCGGAUGAUGCCAACCUGUCAGUGCAAAUCAAAGUACCUACAUUUCAGCUGUUGUUCGCUACAUCGACUCUCUCUUUUGGUCAUAACUUAGCUGCAAACACGUUCCCAGCUGUAUUUGACAAUAUGGAAGAUAGGCCAGAACCUUAUCUAUCGGAUUCUAUACCAAACUAAAAUCGGAACGUUUUUCCAGUUGAGUUAUUAACUAAAGAGACAGUUGAUGAAGAGAAAUCGAUCAAAUCACUUACACCUCUUUUACUCUGAGCCCCUCGAAUCAUAACCUUCGCAAAUUAGUCAGCAAAUGAAAUUUGGAAAAUCGAAAAAAAAAAUUGAUGCUGAGUGACCUAAAAAUGGAUAAUACGUCGAGAUCAGGUGUCAUCUCGAAAAAAAAAACUAGCCGAAAAUCGACCUUCUGGGACUUAUGGUAUGGAAAAAAAUGUCACAGGAGGGUUGUGUCCAAGACACGACCGCAUAGACGUAGGAUUCCGUUAGGCUAUCUGUUGAUUUUGGAUAUGUUUGAAGAGUUAUAUCGUUAAACGCUUUGAUAAUGAUUUGGUUUUAAUGUCUCCGUUAGGGAACACAUUUCGGUAGGAACAAAAUUCCCCCCUACUUUCAUGUACUUGCAAUACCGUUAGUUUUUGUUGUUUUUUUUUCUCAGUGGGCUGUGAGGCUGUUAUGUGGUUUGCUUUUUGAUUCUGGUUUGAGUUUUUCUCAUCAGAGAAAAAGAUUUGCUGGCUCCUGAAAAGGGGGUGCUUUCAAAAUGUUUUUCAAUUCACCAUGAUUUCCAGCGUUUUUAUCCAAUUCAUUUAUUUGUAAGGCUCAAUUGCAUAAGCUUUGCGGAGCGGCUAAUUCAAGGUUUGUUUAUACAAAGUUUCAACUAAUUGCUAUGAUUAGUAGGAUUCGACCGAAUACUCGCGGUUUACUCGAGGUUAAAAGGGCAACAAUUUUUGUGGAACGGGUCAGGUUAGGGAUAUGAAUAUGAGGUAUUAUUGUCUCAACCGAGUGUUGCCGCACGUGCUGUAGCAUUGUGCAUAAUGACCAGGGAUAGCAUCUGGUGUUCGAGGGUGGGCGACGGAGGUUCCAGCGUCCAUGAAGAAGUCUGCACAAAGCAUACGACUUCACACCGAAACUUUUGACAGUAGCCUUUCGGACAGAGUAGUUUGAAUUGCUCAUGUUGUUGAUCGGAUUGACUGGUCCCUGGCUUUUUGUUUUAUCGUAUUUUUCCACAAUUUGUAUAAAACCAUUAGCAAAUUCAUCAGAUAAGCUUACGUUAUUUUCGUUUAGUAGUAUAUGCUGUUUUAUACUUUUUCCCAUGCCUGUUAUAAUCUGAUGACUUCGAUAUGUUUACUAGCUGAAUUAUUACUUAUUCUGAUACUUAUUCCCACAAUUUCGGCAUACUAAACAUAGUAACAUAUUCAGUCUACCUUUUAUAUCAUUGUCAUCCAUUUCAAAUUUUUCGAUUUGUUACUUGUAAAUUUAAUUUUUUUUUUAUCAAGAAGAGCAACAGAGAAAAUGCGAUCGAUGUUUAGUCUAUUUUCCCGAAUAGGACAAAGAAGAAAAAAUAUCUUCACAGUAUUUUUACAUAUUAUACACUUGGAGAAAAAAAGAGCCGUUGUAAAAUAAUAAAAAAUAUACACUAUCUCAAUCCCUCAGUUUUGGUUUCCAUGACAAAAAUGGUAGCUGCAAUCAGAAACACUUAUUGUUGUAGGAAGAUUCUUACUGAAUAUUAAAAUAAUGGAAAGUACCUGACAUUUAGCAGAAAAUAAUAAAAAAAACGCUUGGAUGAUGACAAUUGAAAGGGAACGAACUAAAGGUAAAUAUAUUUUUGGAUUUCCGUGUUGAAUAAAAUAAAAAAAAACAUACAAACAAUAAAAACAGACAUAAUCAAGUAGCUUAUCUUUUCUCAUUUACAUAAGAACUAUAUUUAUAUCUGUGUUUUACUCAUUAACACGUUCCGUAAGGUUUGGUAGAAUAAUGGAAUGAAUUUGUACGAAAAUGACAUGACACAAAAACAGUUUGAACUAUUCGUUCCACUGGAAAUUUGGUGUUAUUGUUACUCACACCACACACACACACACACAGAGUGGUGAACAGGAAACAUAUUGUUGGGAACGCAGAGAAAAAAUAUUUGAAAUGAAGCUUGGUAACACAUUGAAUGUGUGAACAUUAAAUUGUAUGGCAAUAAACGACUUGUAUAUUGAAUUGUUAGAAACGACGAAACUUGCACAGAAAAUAGAUCGUAUAUAUUAA